CCCUCCCUCCGAGCGAGGCGCUGAGCCCAGCUGCGGGCGGCGGAGGCUGCCGGGGCGCGGUCGCGGGCUGGGGCGCACGGCGCGGAUUCCCUCCUCCUCCUCGGCAGGCAGGCAGGGAGGAAGGUAAGGCAGGGGCAGGAGCAGGCCUUGCCCGGGAGAGUCGGGGGCUCUCCUUCCUCGCUGCCGGAGCUGCGGCGUGCAGCGGUGGGCCGGGAGCACGCGCGUGUAGACGUCCCGGCUCUGAAGCCGCCUGUGCUUGGUUACCUGGGGAAGCUUUCCGCUCACCAUAGGCGAGGGCGAUUUCCCGGGGGACGGGGGGAACCUGGCCGCAUGCUUUGGCGAGGGGACAGAGAGGACGGUUCCUCCCAGGCGGUCGUGCUGACGGGGCCUCCCCGGGAGCGACCCAGACCUCCGUCCCGUCUCUGGCAGAGGCGGCGCUUCAGGGCAGCCGGCCUGGGCCGGCCUGCUUCUCCCGGAGCUGCCGAGAGGCGAGAGAAGGACCGGGGCGAGCUCCACGCAGGGCUGAGCAGGCUCGCUUGUCCUGGUAUCCCACGCGGAAGCGGGGCGCCGUGCUGCCGAAGCCCCUGCGCCCAGAGCCGCCAGGUGCUCGGAGCCCUCCUUCCUCUGGGCCGACACGGCCCGCCAUGUCCAUCAUGGUGGGAUUGGGUGACAGCCAAUCGGAGAGGAUGACAGCCGAUGACAUCAUUCUCCAGACGCGCCAGGUGAUGAAGGGCCUGGAAGCCCUGCGGAGCGAGAACAAGAACAUCCAUCACCGUCUGCAGGAGGCUCUGCUGAAGGAGCAUCAGCUGCAGACCGAGAGGGAGGGCGCUGCGGUGGCAGUCGUGGAUGCCCAGGCCCUGGAGCUUCUGGAGGAAAAGCAGGACCUCGUCUGCAGGAGCCUGGAAGGCAUUGAGCUGGGCAUCGCAGAAGGCCAGAUGCUGAUUGCCCUGUCCUCACACAUCGGGGCGCUGGAGGCCGAGAAGCAGAAGCUCCGGGCGCAGGUGAGGCGUCUGGGCCAGGAGAACCUGUGGCUGCGAGACGAGCUGGCCGGGACCCAGCUGCGGCUGCAGCACAGCGCGGAGGCGGUGGCCCAGCUGGAGGAGGAGAACGGGCACCUGCGCUUCCUGAACCAGCUUCGGCACUGCGAGCCCCGAGAGGAGCAGGCAGAGAAGGAGGAAGUGGAGCAGAGCAGAGGCAGCCUGUUUCUCAGCACGGAUGAGGACCAAAGGCCAGAGGGGCACAGUCCGAGCGCAGCCACCUCAGCAGCUCAGCAGGGCGGGUACGAGAUCCCAGCACGCCUGCGGACCUUGCACAACCUGGUGAUCCAGUACGCCUCCCAAGGGCGCUACGAGGUGGCCGUGCCACUCUGCAAGCAGGCCCUGGAAGAUCUGGAGAGGAGCUCAGGGCAUGGCCACCCGGACGUGGCCACAAUGCUCAAUAUCCUGGCGCUGGUCUACCGGGACCAGAACAAGUACAAGGAGGCCACAGAGCUGCUCAAUGAUGCCCUGGACAUUCGCGAGCAGACUCUGGGUGCGGAACACCCUGCAGUGGCCGCUACCCUGAACAACUUGGCUGUGCUGUACGGCAAGCGGGGGAGGUACCGAGAUGCCGAGCCGCUGUGCAAGAGAGCCUUGGAGAUCCGCGAGAAGGUGCUGGGCACCAACCACCCAGAUGUGGCCAAGCAGCUCAACAACCUGGCGCUGUUGUGCCAAAACCAGGGCAAGUUCGAAGAGGUGGAGCAGUACUACCAGCGGGCCCUUCGCAUCUAUCAGACCCAGCUGGGCCCCAGCGACCCCAACGUGGCCAAAACAAAGAAUAACCUGGCCUCCUGUUACCUGAAGCAGGGCAAGUACGAGCAGGCCGAGGAGCUGUACAAGGAGAUCCUCUCUUCGCACGACCAGGAGCUGGACACCCCCAGGGGCGGUUAUAGCCGGACAGGAGCUGAGAGCACCUGGGAAGGGCAGGUAAGACCUCGGAGCCUUUCUCCCCCCCCUCCCCCCACGGAGCACCCACUGUCAAACUGCUUCGCUUUGGCACUGCUUCCUCCUCUUUGCACCCUCUGGCUGGAUUCUACGGAGGGAGGGCGUGGUGAGGUUCUCACACAGACCCCCAUGGUAAAGGAGGGCUCCAGGGCAAGGCCAUGGCUACCUCCAUUUCCUUCUCGGAUCGCAGGUGGCUGGAGGGGAUGGGGAAGCCCCCCAGGCUUUGGGCCCGUGCUCUCCCUCCCUCCCUCCCUCUCUCUGUCUCUCUCGGAAGGAGGCAAUGAGGCGCAGCAGCUCCUUCUCUCGGCUCCGGGAGUCCCUCAAACGCGGCAGCGAGAAGCUGGUCUCCAAACUCAAGGGGGAAGCGGUCGGGCAGCCCAAGGAAGCUUCAGCCCCCGCGGUCAAACGGGCCACGUCCCUCAAUAUGCUGCAUGUGAAUGAGGGGACCGCUGUUGCACCCCCAGCGCAGCCCACCAGGAACCUGAGCGCCAGCAUCCAGGACCUCACGCACAGCAAUUCGCACUAGGACUGGUCUUCGCUCCUGCUGGCCGAGGAUCGCCUGUUGGCGCCAGCGCUCCCGGGACUGACUCCCGCGUGCAUGGAAAGUCCUCCUUUUGGUGGCGGGGGAGGGGAGCGCCCCACCCAAUUUGCAGAGGACUAUUUCUCAGGAAGUGGAGCAGCAACUGCCCAUCCCCAAAGCAUCGCAAGGUGGGGGAAGCUUCUCCCACCUCGCUACUGCCUUAAACUCUUUGGGCAGGAGCAGCAACCCUUGCUGCGGUUCCUGUCCAGCCAGUCCUAUUUAUGCAAUGGAAGCACCUGCCCCCACCCUUAAAUAAAAGGUUGC